UUUUAACAUACAACAUUUUAGAAACGAAUCCGCUACAAGAACCAAGCCAAUGUGAUUGGCCGUUUUAACUUUUUUAUCGUUGGUUGAAAAUCAUCAAACGAAACAUAUCAGAUAGUAAUAAUCGUUGAAUUCUAAACAAUAUAUACAUAAAAUCAAGAGAAAUUGAAGAAUCGUCAGCGUUUCUUUAAAAGAAGAAAAUGAAUAAUACGUAACGUGUCCGGGGUUUUUAAAUUUAUUACUUUUAUUUACAUAAAAAAUGUUUAUGGGGUUUGUUGGGAUUUAAAUUAGUUUUUUUAGUGCUGAAUUUUUACGUGGUGGUUCAGAUUCAUGAGGAAUUCAAUCUUGAAAAAUGAUCAAGUACAUAGCGGUUGUAAUAGCUAUAAUAUUAAUAGCAAUAACUGCACUAACAAAUGCAGAAUGCCAAACGAGAUCGGUUUAUUGCUACGAAUGCGACAGUUGGUCCGAUAUAAGAUGCAAAGAUCCUUUUAAUUACACCGCGCUACCAAGAGAUCAACCGCCGUUAAUGCCAUGCAAUGGAUGUUGUGUUAAAAUGGUUCGAAACGCUAAAUCACCUUAUGAAGUUGUUAGAAGAACUUGUACAUCACAAUUAAUGAUAAAUUUAUUUAUGGUGGACCACGUGUGCAUGAUGGAAAGUAGCGGAACUGGUCAUAUGUGCUUCUGUGAGGAGGACAUGUGUAAUGGAGUAGAAAAACCAACCCCAUAUCCGAGCAUCCACACUCUUCCAUUACCGAUAGCUGCUUCGUUGCUGCUGACGCUGUUAUACAGUUGGUGCAUGAAUCGAUAAUUUUUUUGCCAAAAAAUCACCAGAAGCGAUGAAAUAAGUUAGAUAAACCCCAUCAAAACCUUUUUGAACCGGUUAUUUAGCGAUACCUUCACCAAAGUAGUGUGCUGAAAAGUGCUUUUGAGAGUAGUUUAAAAGUUUUCUUAUUAUUUUAGAGAGAGGUAAAGUUUUUUGGAUUUUUAAGAUGAAGCAUGUGGUAGAUUUAUUUAUUAGGUAACACCUUUAAUUUUUUUAUUGUAUAUAUUUUGAUGAAGGAAAACAGAGAAAAAUUAAGCUAAAAGUGUAUAUAUUUAAAUAAGAAAAAGGCCAAAUUUUCAACUUUUAUUUCUUUUUAGUACCUGUUAGUUAAUAAGAAUUGGAUCAAAAAACAUGUACAAAAAAUUUUAAGAAUAGAUGAUGAUUUGCAUCUUUAAGAUUUUAAUGGAAAAGAAAGCUAAAUAAUUCUGUGUAUACUAUUAGAGAAAAUUCGAAUUUAUACUCUGAUUUUAAAAAGAUAUUAAAGAAACGUUUAGAAGCUUUUUAAAAGAAAACCAUAUUUGCUCAUUAUUAAAAAAGUUUUUAGCGGCUCAUUCGGAGUUCUUAUGAAUCUUAAACAAUUUAAAUAAUAGUUACAUACAGGGUGUUUUACGAAAGCUACCUAAUAUUUUUUUGAGUUCCAAUACACGUAAAACGCCCUGUAUUUAGUUUAAUCCUGCAUGAACUUAGUAAUUUAAGUCCGAAAGAACGUUUUUAGGCAUAUCAUGUUAAAUAAUUCCUAUCCAUUUUUUUUUGUUUUUUAUUAUUUCUUAAUCGGUAGCCAGUGCCGCUUUAUUUUUUCUCAAAAUUUUUUUAA